GCGGAAACUCGGAGACUUUCCAUCUCCAUCUUCACAUUUUCUUGCAGAAAAAUUCGAUAUGGGCUCGCGGAAAUUCGUAGAUCGCAUGCUUCAUCCCCCUCAGGACACCGGCCACUUCCACUCGAUUUCCCAAUAAGAAAUUCGGAAAAAGGAAGGGAAACAGAGUGAACACUUCUUCAUCAUACGUGUGCUUAACGAUUUCCAAGCUUUUAUUAAUGGAGACAGCUGAAUCCCAUAAAUUGUGAUAAAUUCUGGUAAUGCGAUGCUUUCAUUGCCUGUGGGGCACCCGGCUUUCUUCCUCCUUUUUCUCCCUCCCGCAUUCAUUUCCCGGUUCUCUCGCUAGAUUGUUCUGAUCUCUUCUCGCCUACUUUCGCUCUGACCCUGUUUCGGAUUUGUCCUUGCUCUGCUUCGCAAAGUCCCGAAGCUUCGCUUCCUUUUUCGACCCCUGUUACGCAAGAGUCUUCGCAUAGGACGAGUGCCAUUUACGACCCACCGAUCUUUGAUACGGAAAUCUGCAUUUUCCCUCUUCAAAGUUCGGAUUUUUCUGAGGUUCUCGCGAGCUUCUGGUCUCUCCUCUAUGAACGAGCCUUGAAUUUUGUAGGCGUGUUCGUUUUCUGAAGAGCUUGGAUUGGGUUCAACUUAAAAGUCUCGAUUUUGAGUGGUCGCGACUCUUCGGAGGAGGGCGGGGCGGGGUUUGGAGGUUUUGUUUCGUGAGUGUUGAUAAAAGCAGAGUCAGCUUGAGUUUUCUUUAAGGCUGGUUUGGAGACAGAAGAGAUUAAACAAUCACCCCUUGUUAACUUCGUGUUUGUUCCGGUCUCUCUGUCCUUGAUCAGUGCUGUCGAAGGGUUACGCGUUACAUUGCCAACGAAGAGUCUCGAGGGAGACAACAGAGACAGGGCGAGACUUCUAUGUUCCUACGAAGUAAUUGUAGAAAGGUCAAAAAAUAGGAAAAUUUUUCCUUUUGAGAGAGAGAUUUUUUGACAGUGUGUGUAUAUAAAGGGCAGGAGUAAUCCCGGUAUUUUCUCUCUUCCUCCCACAGUUUCUCUCUUUGUUCUUCUUGGUCUCCUCCGUUUCCUCCGUUUUCUUUCCAGGGUUUGGAGAGAGAAUUCUGCAAAGAGAGACCUCUCUCUCUCUGUCUCUCUCUUUGAAAUCAUGGUCAAGAAUAAGGACGCAAUGCUAUUGGAAUCAAAUCUUGAUCGCCUCCUACAUCGUAUGUCACCAGUAGUUCGAUCCCAGUUUCUCCCCCAGACCGAGAUUAGGAAACUGAAUAGCUUGUGGCAUCCAUGGGAGAGAGAAAAGGUUGAGUAUUUCACAUUGGAGGAUCUGUGGCAGUGUUAUGAUGAAUGGAGUGCAUAUGGGGCUGGCGUCCCCGUUGUCUUGAGCAAUGGGGAGACCUUAGUUCAGUACUACGUGCCGUAUCUAUCUGCGAUACAAAUCUUCACCAGCAGUUCGUCGGUCCACCAUUUCAGGGACGACGUGGAAUUGGGAGAAUGUGAGACUAGGGAUUCCUUCAGUGAUUCGUGGAGCGAGGAGAAUGAGAGUGAGAAGUUGUGGCGAUUGGAUGGGUGCUCCUCUGACGAUGGAGGAUCGGAGCAAGAUAGCCCAUGGAAUCUGAACGAGAGACUGGGUUACCUUUAUGCACAGUACUUUGAGAAAUCAACUCCUUAUACAAGAGUUCCUCUGAUGGAUAAGAUCACUGAAUUAGCUCGAAGGCACCCGGGUUUGAAGUCAUUGAGAAGUGUAGAUCUAUCACCGGCUAGUUGGAUGGCGGUCGCUUGGUAUCCGAUAUAUCACAUCCCCAUGGGAAGAACCAUAAGGGACCUAUCCACAUGCUUCCUCACUUACCACACUCUCUCGUCUUCGUUUCAAGAUAUGGACAUUGAAGAUAACAUGGAGUGUUCUCAAAGGAAGAGAAAGGAAGGGGAAGGCAUCUCGCUACCUCCAUUCGGGCUAGCCACUUACAAGAUGCAAGGAAACGUGUGGGCCUCGGGGAAGAGUGGUCGGGACCAAGAGAGGCUGAUGUCACUUUCGAGUGUGGCCGACUCAUGGUUGAAGCAGCUUAGGGUCCAGCACCCCGAUUUCAGCUUUUUCACGGGUUCUUGGCGUGGGUAGGAUCCUUAAAAAACCCCCAUCGAUCACCAAAUCGUCAAUGACGAGCUGCUUCCUUCUCAAGCGAGAUUUACAACCACAUCAUUUUUGGCCCCGUUCGAGAGCGUUCUGCUGUGGAGCAUAGUGCCUGGAUAUGGAGAGACGGACGUAUCAAGUGAUUUGGACAUAUGAUGGUGUAGAUACUUCUUAGUUCGUAACUGAGACUGACCAUGGGGUUGUGGUGGAUCUGUGUGAGUUUUGUGUUGGGGAGGCAAAUCGCGACACUCCGAAGCUCCUUUUCCUUUUCGAACUCGGACAUGCAUCGCGAGUAUCGCGUGAUGCCGGAUGAACGACCCUCUGUUGUGAAUUUGUGAUGUAGCCGUGGAGAAGAGGCAGUCCUCUCCAUGGUUAUGUACCGAUUUUUGUACAGAUGUAAAUUCUGUUUCUCGCA